GAUGAUCGGUGAUCGUCGUAGUAUUCUUUAGGGCUUAGUUUAGUUGCAUCUUCAUCUUCAACUUAUACGACUGUACUAAUUAAGUUGCGAGUACAGAGCAGAGAGCGGAGAAGCUCAAACCGAGUCAUCGAAAAUGGAAGGAACCGUAGACGACGGAGGGAUUGACAGAAUGGUCGACUCUAAAGACCUUCAACAACAGAGCAAAGCCUUCGACAAGCUCACUGACCGAGUCGAAGAUCGUCAACUCGACUCAACUCGUGUUCAAGAGGCUAUGGCGUCCAUAGCUGCUUCUGCUGAUGCUGAUUGGAAUGCCAUGAGGAUGAGAGAGAAAGAAUUGGCUGCUGUUAAGAUCAACGCAGCUGAUGUGGACAUAAUCGCAAAUGAGCUGGAGUUGGACAGGAAGGUUGCUGAGAGAACCUUAAGGGAGCACAAAGGCGAUGCUGUUGCUGCUAUUAGACACUUACUCCAUUAGAAAAACAUGUUGCUUCCAGCAUACGUUUCAAAAAUGAUCACACCCUAUUGUUUUAUCUAAGAUUGUACAAGUUUUGUUUCACUAAACUUUGCAUCUAUGUUAUUUAACACAAAACAUCUUUUUGUUCUGAUGAAUAUGUAUUCUAUAAAAGAUGGGAUUGUCUUUAUGUAAA